CGGGGCGGAGCACAGUGCGCAUGCGCGCUCGGCUCCCGGAAGUCGGGCCAUGGCAGCCCUGAGGGAAGCUAUGCUGGGCCGGCUGCGGAAGUUCUCCCAGCUGAGAGGCAAACCUGUGGCAGCUGGAGAAUUCUGGGAUGUGGUUGCAAUUACAGCAGCCGAUGAGAAGCAGGAACUCGCUUAUAAGCAGCAACUGUCAGCAAAGCUGAACCGGAAAGAAUUACCCCUUGGAGUUCAGUAUCACGUCUUUGUUGACCCUCCUGGAACCAAAAUUGGAAAUGGAGGGUCAACGCUCUGCUUCCUGCAGUGUUUGGAAAGUCUCUAUGGAGAUACAUGGAGUUCAUUCACUGUCCUGUUAAUUCACUCUGGUGGCUACAGUCAGCGCCUUCCAAAUGCAAGUGUUUUGGGAAAAAUUUUCACUGCUUUACCGUUUGGUGAGCCCAUUUAUCAGAUGUUGGAGUUAAAACUAGCCAUGUACAUUGAUUUCCCUUCACGCAUGAGGCCUGGCAUCUUGGUUACCUGUGCAGAUGACAUUGAACUUUACAGCCUUGGACAGUCUGAGUUCAUUGUGUUUGACCAGCCUGGCUUCACUGCCUUAGCCCAUCCUUGUAGUUUGGCUGUAGGCACCACACAUGGGGUGUUUGUCUUGGACUCUUCCACCUCCUUACCACAGACAGACCUGGAGUACAGGCAGAGCCACCGAUUCCUCCACAAGCCCAGCAUAGAAGAAAUGCGUCAGUGUAAUGCCGUGCAGAGACCCAGAAACCGUGGUCAUCAGGACAUGGCCAGCGGUGACACUGCCUGCCUCCAGUUUCCCUCUGAGUAUGUGUACACCGACAGCGUAUUUUACAUGGACCAUAAAUCGGCAAGAAAGUUGCUUGAUUUCUAUGAAAAGGUCAGCCCGCUGAGCUGUGAAAUAGAUGCCUAUGGCGACUUUCUGCAGGCCCUGGGACCUGGGGCGACUGUGGAUUACACCAGAAACACAUCGAAUGUCACCAGCCAAGAAUCGCAGCUGGUCCACAUGAGGCAGAGCAUAUUUCAUCUCCUCAAGGGAACAUCACUGAACGUUGUUGUUCUGAAUAACUCCAAAUUUUACCACCUUGGAACGAUUGAGGAAUACCUGUUCCAUUUUACUUCUGACAGCACUUUAAAGUCAGAACUUGGUUUACAGUCAGUAGCUUUCAGCGUCCUUCCAGCUGAACCAGAACGCUCCAGCAAAGCACCCUGUAUCAUCCACAGCAUACUGGAGGCGGGGUGUUCUGUGGCACCUGGCUCAGUUGUAGAAUAUUCUAGAUUGGGGCCUGAGGUGUGCAUUGGGGAAAACUGUAUUGUCAGUGGUUCCCCUAUCACAGCCAAAGCCGCCCUGCCCGCGGGUUCUUUCAUGUGUUCUGUAAGCUUGAAGAUCGAUGGACGUUUAGGGUACUCAACCAUGGUGUUCGGUGUGCGAGAUAACCUGAAAAGCAGUGUGAGAGCCUUGUCAGAUAUAAAGGCACUUCGGUUCUUCGGAGUUGAUUUCCCGUCCUGCUUGGAUAUUUGGAAUCUUAGCAUUUCGGAGGAGCUGUUUUCAGGAAGUAAGACGUGCCUGAGUCUGUGGACUGCUCGAAUUUUCCCCUUCUGUUCCUCUCUGAGUGACUCAGUCACAGCAUCACUGAAUGUGUUAAAUGCUGUCAAGAGCCACUCACCUUUCAGUCUGAAGAACUUUAAGCUGCUCUCCAUGGGGGAGAUGCUGGACUACAAAGAUGUAGAAGAUAUGACAGCAUACAGGGAGCAGAUUUUUCUAGAAAUCAGUUCGAAUAAAAAGCAGUCAGCUUCAUAGAUACCUUAAAUUUGACGUACCAUCAGUACCAUCGUUUUGAACAAGGUUGCAUGUGGUCAUCCUCUAGAACGCAGACUUUUGCUUUGUGCAGAAAACCAAUAUAAUAAAAACUAUUUGAAAAUUGUGUCACUGUGAGUGUUGCAGAACAAGAAUGACAGGAAGUAAAGGAAACAAGUUUUGAUAGAACAUUUCAAGAAGAAGUGCAGAAGAGAUCCUGUUUAGAUGUUUUGCUCUAUUUUAUUUUUAGUAAGGACAGAUUGAGGGGCAUGGUCUCAUCCACAUAAAAAGUACUCUGGCUUUAUAAAGUGAUUUUUCCAACCAUUCUUUAGAAUAUUUCCAUCUUCUUUUGGACUUUGGUCCAAUAAAGCUUUAAGUGUUAUCAGCAAAGUUUUUGGUUAAAGUUCUUAGCGCAGAGAUACAGUCACUAACAAAAACAUCUUAAGGGAAAAGGGCUUCCAUACAAGGUUUGAGAGAUCUGUCCUUCAUGGAUGGUAGGCACGGCAGCAGGGUUACUCCGCCUUCACAGCAGUCACUGCAGUGACUGUUUGCAUGGCAUGGGCCAGCAGCACAGUGAGCUAGGGUGGACUGAACCUUCAGAGCUGCCCCUAGUGACCUUCUGGCGGCCAGGCUCCGUAAAGGCUCCGCAGCCUCUCAGCGCAGCGGUGCCAGCUGGGAACCAGAUGUUCAGACAUGCACCUCAGGGAGACCUCUCACUCUCCAACCAAAACAGUUCUCUCCUGAACUGUUCAAAAGUUCUCUCCUGAACUGCAAUAAAAGUGCCCAUUCUAGUCUUAUGGGGAUGGUGCAGAUGUUCUAGAAAUCUCAGAAGCAAGUCCAUGGCUGACAAGUGCCUGGUUAACACUGAUUGUUUUAGCUGAGAAGUGAUACAAAGAGCUGUAAACCUCACAAGAGUUUGUGACUCAUUUACUGAUCUCAUAAAACUCAGUCAAAAUAGAUUUAUAUUAUUUUUCCUUACGUACUUGAACAUGGGUUGCAUAUUUUAUAAACUUUGUUCAAUGUUCCAUUACACCGGAAAACACACUGUGUCCACAGAGCUCAGGUACCUGUCUGGAAGGCGGUAGGAACAAUUGAGGUCCACCAUGGUCAUUUAACCAUGGUCAUUACCUUCAUCCAAUCUUAAUUACACCCUUAACAGGUCUGUGGACUUGCCACAUGGACGUUUUACAUUCCUUUAUUUUUCUGUCCAUCCACUGGUGGUUCUGAUGCCGUGAACAAAUCUCUGGCUGGAAGGUGCACAGUGCGGGGGAGGCAGAAGAGCGCAAACCGAGGGAAUACGGAUGAUAGCUCCAAGAAAGCCCCGGCUGGGAGUCCAGGUUAUGUGCACCUGGCUUAAAGUAAGCGCAUAGAGGCAAAAUGUGCCACACUUGUGUUUAAACUUCCUUAAGUAAGCUGUAAUAACCAGUCUGUGCCAAUUUUAUUAAUAAAUUAUAACUCCGGGGAAUCUAGAAGAGAUUUGUCUGAAACCUUCAAUUAUGUGUAUAUAAAUAUAUUUUUGUGUUUUUAUAAAUGUUGUUCCCAAGUAGAAAGUAAAGGAUUUCUGAUACUGUUGGACAAUUACUGAUUUACUUACAGAUUGUUAUUAAAUGGUCAAGACUAAUUUUAAAGUGCUAUCAACUCGUAAGAAUCACUUUAUGUUCUGAAAAUAAAACAUUAAUAAUGUCAUUGC